AUGGGUGAAGUGAGGGAGUCAAUAUUCUUCGUCAUUCUAAUAGCAGUCGCGAUUUACACCUUCUCUGUCUUUCAGUCCGAUUUUCAAGAUGAUUUCAAGAUCUCUAUCUCCGGCUUGUUAGAAAGUUACGAAGAAAUUGAAGGUCACACUGUUGAGGAAACAAAGGCUGAAGUGGAUUCAUACGAUUUUGAUGCUGAAAGAAGCUGCAAUCAAACAUUUUAUGAACAGUCUCACGGAGACGAAGGAAGAUUUGAUCCAGAGAAGCUAACUGGCAUUCAUGUUUUCAUUCGGCAUGGCCAUCGUACUGCUAUGGAUUCGAAUCGAGCCAAGAAGACUACUCAAAGUCUCUGCGACAUUCGUACGCCAGUUAUGGAAUUGAUGAGAGAUCUCAAAGGAUGCUUCACUUUGUAUUUGUCUUCAAAGAUACAAGUCUAUACUUCUUCCGAAAAAUGUGUAUCUGCUCAAUUGACUUCCCUAGGGAUCGAGCAGCACAAGCUUCUUGGCCUGAGCUACAACUAUCAAGAGCCCCUACUUGCAGAUCUCAAUGUUUACUGCAAUCAACCAGAUCAGCGAGUCACGGGCAUGGAGGGGCAUCUUAGCUCCAAGAACUUCGAUCUCGUCGGUGCUACUAUUUUCCUGCGACAUGGCGAACGCACUCCCAUGGGAACAGGCAACCUGAGCUGGAAAGAGUGCAACACGGGCGCCACGGUGAAUCAGUUUAUCUCGCGAUAUUGGAGUUGUUUACACCCCGUUGCGAUCAGCCUUUUGCGAGGCCUUGCCAGAGACAAUAAAAAGUGCCAAAGUGCACAGCUGACCUUGAAUGGAAUCAAACAACAUAAGAAACUUGGCCAAUUUUUUAAAUAUCGAUAUGGCUCGCUUUUCGGCCGAGAUACGGAAAUCAUCUCCACCCAAUACUCCAGAACAAUCAUGUCGCUACUUUCAUUCUUGCUCGAGUUCAAACCAAAGUGGUGCCAAAAUGAGAAGCCGCAAUUUAAUCUUACACGGGUGUCGCACAACUAUCAUUUCUCGAGGACGAACUGUGACUCUAUCGAUUUGUUGAUAAAUAAGGCGCCGAAAAUUGACAACAGUACUUGGACCAUCGACUUGGCGUAUAUAAAAAAUCUUUUUGAGAACCCAGAAAACAAAGCAGAUGAUUGGGACGGAAGGAGAAAUCCAGAGUCUGUUGCGGAUUACGUUACCGCUAGAUAUUGCGUAUCGAAACGACUUCCAAAACUUUGUAUGGCCGACCAUGGAAUGAGUGAACGAGAAGAUACUUGCGUAACAAUGGCAGACUAUGAGAACUUCUUUUCCACGACGAAUUCCCAAUUCAAAAGCCGUGCAAAUGACGUGAACUAUCUCCGCUCACGCUAUUUAGCCGCCUAUCCCAUGCUACUUGACUAUGUUUUGCGCCCUAUGAGAGAGUCUCGCUUAAAAAUCCUUGCAGGACAUGACAUCGACUUAGAGGCUGUUCUUUCAACACUCGGGCAUGUCCAAGGGGUCCACGUCCCCUACGCCUCGCGGCUCGUUAUCGAGACCUGGAAGAGGCCCAAAAUCCCACUCGCUUUUACCGAGUGUUACUAA